GCCUCCACCUUCACAACUGCAGGAGGGAGAGGUUGGCAUCAUGGACAACGAGGACUGUAAAAUUUAUUUCCAAUUGCCAGACACGGGUAAAUACUCUCUACAUGAGGAUAUGCUGUGUGCCGGGGACCUCAUUACCGGAAAGUCCAUCUGCCGAGGAGAUUCUGGAGGUCCCCUUGUCUGCAAGCUGAACAAUACCUGGUUUCUGAUGGGGCUAUCCAGCUGGAGCUUGGCUUGCCGCCAGCCCAUAAGCCCCAGCGUCUUCACCAGACUCACCUACUUCUCCAGCUGGAUCAGUGAGAAGCAGGAAGCCUCACCAAAUCCUGAUCCUUCUUCUGCUCCUCCUCAGAGCAAACCUCCUGCUUUGGAUGACUUUAAUUCUCUGGGCACUGUUCACAAGCCCAGGAGCUGCACAACCCUUGUGUUUUCACAGACCUUUCCUCUGCUGCUGAUUUCCCUCAGGGCUCUGUGACAGACCACAUGGUGCCCCUCUCAAGUUCUCACCCUCAAGCAUGCCUGCUUUAGUGCCGAUGGGCCCUGCAUUCUCCUAAAUCUGUCUAUCUCUGAGCUCUCCUGUCCACCCGAGGCCUGCUCUAGGACUGACAAAAUAAAAAUAA